CGUCUACUUGCUAUAAUAUUUACUUUUUCAAGUGUUCACGUGAAAGCAACUAUGACUUUAGAAAAUUUGGACGAUGAUGCAGUUGUCAUUUCUGGAAUGUCCGGAAGAUUUCCUAAAAGUGGGAAUAUCAACGAGUUGAUGGAAAAUCUUAUGAAUGGAAUAGAUUGCGUUUCCGCAGAUCAUAACAGAUGGUCCAUAGAAAACAUUAAAAUUCCGUCACGUAUUGGAACGAUGAAGCAGAUAACAAAGUUAGACAACGUUUUCUUCGGUAUCAAUGCGAAACUUGUUAACUAUAUGGAUCCGACGGUCAGAUUGACAACUGAAGUUACAUUCGAGGCGGUCAUUGAUGCUGGAAUAAAUCCUACAGAGUUACGAGAUACAAAAACUGCUGUUUUUGGUGCACUCACCUUGAAUGAGUCAGAUAAAGCUCUCUUUUAUGAGAAAUUGGAGCAAAGUGGACUAAAUCUAUUAGGAUGUUGCCGUGCUAUGAUAUCUAAUCGAAUGUCAUUCUGUAUGGGACUGGUUGGCUCAAGCUGUACUAUGGACACAGCUUGCACAUCCAGUGCGUUGGCAAUUACUAAAGCGUACGAAGCUAUAAAGUGUGGAAUUUGCGAUGAGGCAAUCGUUGAUACUGGAGUUGUAAUCUUGCAUCCACAAACAUCUUAUCAUAUGUAUGAAUUAGAUUUGUUGUCAGCCGAUGGCGUGAAUAGAUCUUUCGACGCAAAAGCUUCUGGAUUCUCGCGAAGCGAAUCGAUAGGUGUUUUUUUCCUUCAAAAAGCAAAAAAUGCAAAGCGUAUUUAUGCCGAGGUUGUUAAUUCAACAAUAAUGUUCGGCAAAGCAAAUAUAAGAAACAGUUGUUAUUUUGCUACGGCCGAAUUCCAGGCAGAAAUGAUGAAGCAGACAUUGAAACAAUGCGGUUUAAAACCCAGCGACGUAACUUAUAUCGAGGCGGAUGGUACAGCGAUCAAGGAUGUAGAUCGCGAGGAAUUAAAGGCGAUAGAUCUUGUUUAUGGUCAAGAUCGAAGUCCCUCUAAUCCUCUCCUAAUCGGUUCGGUCAAAUCGAAUAUUGGUCAUGCAAUAUGUAAUAAUACAAUAAAUUCGAUCAUCAAAGUAAUCAUUGCUAUGGAGACAGGAGUUAUACCUCCGAAUCUUCAUUACGACGAACCUCCGGAGGAUGCUAAAUGUCUUCGAGAUGGACGCGUAAAAGUUGUCACAAAACCGACACCUUGGACGGAUGGUUAUGCUGCCGUGAACACUUGCUCUAUCGGAGGUUCCUUCUCUCACAUUAUCUUAAAACGUUGUUCGAAAGAAAAAAAAAAGAGAGAGCUUUUACCAAACACAAUGCCACGACUUCACGUAAUUUCUGCUCGAACCGAGGAAAUGAUCUCUACGAUCUUUAAUAGUCUGAAGGAGAAUCAAGCAGACGAUGACUUAGCUCAAUUAAUCUACGACAUUACUGUAACUCAAUUCCCACAUUCUCUGUAUUCUGGGUAUAUAGUAAUUCCCGAAGUUGAAGCUGCAGAUGCAGUGUCAUCGAUCGAUUUGAUUCCUGAUAAUGUGAUUGCACAUUCUCGACAAAUCUGGUUUGUUUUUUCAGGCAUGGGUUCACAAUGGACCGGAAUGGGCGAAUCUCUGAUGAAGAUACCAAUCUUCGCAGAAGCAAUACAAAAAUGCGAUGCAGUUUUGAAACCUCGAGGAUAUGAUAUUGUGAAAAUUUUAUGCGACAAAGAUCCAACGAUAUACGAUAAUAUUAUAAAUUGUUUUCUGGGAAUAGAGAAAGGAAUAUUCGCUAAAAUCGUACCAACUAGUAAUAUUGCUUAUCAUAGUCGUUACAUUGCACCAGCUGGUCCAAAGUUGUUGAAUUACUUGCAAAAGAUUAUUCUUCAACCGAAAAAUCGCAGUAAACGCUGGAUAUGCACGUCUAUUCCGAAAAAUGAAUGGCAUUUAGUGAAAGCGCGUCUAUCGUCGGCGGAAUAUCAUACCAAUAAUCUUCUUUCUCCAGUUUUAUUCGAGGAGGUAUUAACAUUCAUACCGAAAAAUGCAAUAACCAUUGAAAUUUCACCACACGGACUUCUCCAGAGUAUUUUAAAGAAAUCGUUGCACAGCGAUUGCGUUAAUUUAGCAUUAACAAGGCGUGAUUAUAAAGACAAUGCGACUUUAGUUUUAACCACGCUAGGAAAGCUUUAUAAUCUUGGAUGUCCCAUUAAACCAGGAAACCUCUACCCGCGAAUUCCAUAUCCUGUUUCUAAGGGUACUCCAUCGAUUUCAUCUCUCGUACGAUGGGAACAUAGCAUGGAUUGGUACGUGAACUUCUACGUAAGGCAAACAGAACAAAUUAAUGCAGAACGUUCGUUUGUGUUAGAUUUAAAAUCAGAUAAAUACAAAUUUUUACAAGAUUUUAGAAUUGGAGAUAUUGUGAUAAUACCUAUGGCCAUAUACUUGAAGCUUGUCCUGGAUAUCUAUUUAGAUAUAAUAGGAGAUAAAAUUGUCGAAUCUUUUGCAUUCGAAAACAUUUAUGUUUACGAUGUAUUAUUAAGAGUACCUAAGAAUGGUGAUUUGACGUUAUUCAUUAUGGUGUUCAAAGGCUCGGGAAAUUUCGAAGUAAAAACCAAAGAUGGAAGUAUGAUAGCAUCUGGGACUAUACGUUCAACACAAUCAACAGAUAGAGAAAUUUCUGAUCUUAGUUCAUUACAAGAACAAAGUGAAAUUAUAACGAAAGAAGAUGUUUAUACUGAUCUACUUGUACGUGGUUACGAGUAUGGAGAAUGUUAUAAUAUUAUAAGAGGAUUAUCUUCUUCAUGUUCCAACGGCACACUUACAUGGAACGAAGAUUGGCCUUUGUUAUUAGAAGGAUUGUUUCAAGUGCAUAUUUUCAGUAGUAACAGUAGAAAGAUUUUAAUGCCGAAUAUAAUACAAAAGAUCGUCGUCGAUAUGAGACAAUUCACAGAAGAUAUAAAAAAAAUGAACUCAUUACCGAUGAAAUUCGACAAAUGUAUCAACGUAAUAACUUGUCCAGGAAUUGCUGUGAGUGGUGUUAAAUUACAGGAAGUAGUAUUAACAGAGGCAAAUUUGGAAAUAUUAACAAAGGAAGUUCGAUUAAUUCCAAAUGUAGAUGAAACGGAGAUGAAUAUAAUUGAUGUUUGUCACGUAGUAUUAGGAUUACUUUCGGAAAAUAUUUGUGAAAAUACUACAGGGAAGAUAAUGGUAAUACAAGAAUCAGAACACGAUCAAGAUAAUAUUUUAGGAUGUAUUGAAAAGACUUUGAAAGCGACGAAAGAUAGCUUCGAAAUACAAUGCGUUGCUAGGAAGAAAAUAAAACAAACGUUUGAUGAAAAAUUUAAUUUGAUGAUCAUCGACAACGCACAUUUUAACGAUAUAAGAAAAAUUAUUAAUAAUGUCAGUACAGAAUCAUUUCUAUUGAUAAUUAUAAAGACGGAAGAUCAAGAUAGAGUAAUUACCGCAUUCACAAAUAUAGGAUUAAAUCUCGUUCUAAAAAAGAACAUAGCUUUUGGUCGUACGAUAUUACUUCUACGAAAACUUGAGAAUGCAAAGAAACCAAUUGUCAUUAAAAGUCAAGACAAUUGUAUUGAUCAACUGAAGAAAAGUUUAAGAGAUUCGAGAUAUGACAAAGUCAUCUUUUUGAUGAAUACUGUUACAGAAAACGAUAUAUUUGAAACACUUCGAGCUUUGAAAGAAGAGUCAGGAUACAAGAAGCUUCAAAUUUUCGAUCUACAAGAUACAAAAGCACCGGAAUUUUCGCUUGAAAGUACAUUUUAUCAAAACCAGAUGAAAUUAAACCUUCGUCAGAACGUAUUGUCGUCUGAUAGUGAAUGGGGCACGUACAGAUGGAUGCCAUUAUCUGAGAAAUCUACAUCUUCGUCGCGUUGGCGAGUUAAUAUUGAGAAAUCAGGUUCAUUAACCUUGAUGGAAGAAUUACCAUUGAUCAAGGAGAAGAAUAAAAGUACUGUAAAAGUAGAGUAUGCUGCAUUCGAUUUAAAUAUUUACGAGCAUUGGUUGGACAAUGACGUCAGUUUAGAUUCUCAGAUAUCUAUCACAGAAUAUUCAGGAACAGACGAAAAAGGUCGCAGAGUAAUGGGACUUGUUCGGAAUUUAACAACGAGUAAUGAGAUUUGCCCCGAUCCAGAUUUUACUUGGGUCAUUCCAGACUCUUUGAGCUUCGAAGACGCUGCAACGAUUCCUCAAGCUUAUUUGGCAGCUUUCACUAUUUUACAUUCAAACAAAUAUUGGUUUCAAAGAAUCAAAUCUAUUCUGAUACACUUUGGUGCUAGCGACCUAGGACAAGCUCUUAUUAAUUUAUCUUUAUCCUACAAAUUUGAUGUCUAUACGACUUACGAAACGGAAGUCGAAAAACGAGUCAUCCAGUCGAUUCGACCACGUAUACCGGAUUCUCAUAUCAUUUCUGUUGAUAACUAUAAACAUCUUUUACUCGAUAUUAUGAAUGGCAAAAGUAUGGAUUUCAUCGUUGCAAGCUAUUCGAUCUUGGACGAUCUCGAACCUUCUGUAGAUGUUCUUAAAACUCAUAGAAAUAUGACAUUGGUCUUUAAUUCUAAAACAACUGAUUAUAGAUGUUUUGGUAUGGCUACAUUUUUAGAAGGCAUUAAUAUUUACACCUGCAAUUUACAGGAUUUAAUGAGUUUACCAAUGAAAAUAAAAGAAACAUUAAAAGAUUUGAUGAGAACAACUCUACAUGCUGGUAACAUAAAACCUCUUAUUUCUCGGAGAGUUUAUUUUCCGGAAAAAACACAGAAAAGAAAGAUUGAAGUUUGUCAACAUUAUGGGAAAGUUCUCAUAAAUUUAAAAGAACUAAAGAAAUGCUCUCGUUUCGUUCCUCGUCUUUUUUUCUCUAAUGACAAAUGUUUCUUUAUCGUCGACGGUUUCAAUACUUUUGGCAAAGCGGUGAUCGAAUGGAUGAUCGAGCAAGGGGUUCGAAAAUUAUUGUUAGCUUCUAAUAAGUCUAUCAGAGAUCAUAAGAACCGUGUACUUAAAUGGCGUGAAAGUGGAGCGACUGUGAUCGUUCGCGAAGAAGUUGACAUGAGCAAAGCGACAAACGUUAAUAAUUUGCUAGAAGAAGCCGCUUCUCUUGGUCAACUCGAAGCUAUCUUUGACUUACAAAGAACAUCAAUGGAUUUGUCAACUUCUCCUCCUGAAUGUUCCAAAGUCACUGAAAUACUCGACAAAGAAAGCAGAAAAGUCUGUCCGUCAAACGUAAAAUUCUUCGUUUUCUCAUCACCCGAUUUGAACGAUGAUUGUUCAAGAGACUCUAUCGUGGAGAGAAUAUGUAAAAAAAGAAUGGAGUGUGGUCUCCAUGGAUUGUUUAUGUUAUUGACUAAUUCGAUUGAAAUUGAACGUUCAAAGUCUCCAUUUAUGAAUACAUUCUAUACAGGAAUCUCGUUGUUUCUACAACAACUAAAUACUUUUCUCGCCGCAAAUACUUCACUAAUUAAUGUGCGCUUGAAAAGUGCGACAAGACGUACCAUCGAUAAUGAGUCGAAUUUCAUUACUGCUAUAGAUGAAGAGGAGGAAAUUGAUGGAGAUGAGAAUCUUUCUGAAGAAAAUAGACAUUUUCUUAAGUAUAUAAACUCUACGACUGUGUCGAAUCGAUCUUUGUUUCUACAAAAUUUAUAAACGAUUUUCUUCUUUAAUCGUUCUAAUUAAAGGUUGAUAUA